CGAUGAUGUGCUGCGGACAGAAAUAGACUCCGAGAGGCUCGAGCGCUGUGUGCUUUCCAGCCAAAGGGGUGUGGAUCACUGUGGCUUUAAACACGUUUUCCUGCUCAUUUUAUUUUGCACUUCCACAAAAUGGUCAUUAAAGUAUUCCUCGCAUCCUUAUCGGGAUCGACGGCGAUCAAAAAGAAACAGCAAGAUGUUGUCGGGUUUCUUGAGGCACUUAAAAUCGAUUACGCACAACUUGACAUUGCUUCAAACGAGGACAACCGGAGGUGGAUGAGGGAAAAUGUCCCUGGAGAAAAGAAGCCCACCAAUGGAAUUCCUCUUCCUCCACAGAUUUUCAAUGAGGAGAUGUAUUGUGGGGACUAUGAAACAUUCUUUGAAGCCAAAGAGGACAACACAGUCUAUGAAUUUUUGGGUCUGACACCUCCACCAGGAUCUAAGGAGGCACAACAAGCUGAAAAUACACAAAAGCUUCAUAAUGGAUCUGGCACAGAGGAACAUCUUGAUGAUGACACAACAAAAAAAGAAAUCGUAGAGGCUGAGCAGAAUGGAGAUGCACACAUAGCUGAGCUGGAAGAAGAUGAUCCAGACAAGAAGGCAGAGACAGACGCUCAAGAUGAUAUCGCAGAAGAGGAGGAACCAGCAGAAGACGACGAAGAGAGUAGAAAACCAGCUGAGGAGGAAGAGCAGGAGGAAGGAGAAGAGGACAGGGUUGAGGACAACCAUCUGGUCUCAGAGGCAGAAGAUGAGUUGGUGUCUGAGGAGGAAGAAGAAGAACUCAGAGAGCUCGAGGAGGAAGAGGAGCAAGCCUCAGAGGAAGACUAGUGUUCUGAAGCAGAGGAUUUUGGACCUGGAUUUUCCCACACAGCCUGAAGUGACACCCCACUUGCCCUGGAGUCACCGAAAAUCACCCACAAAUACCUUCUUUGCAGCUUUGCCAAAGCCAAAUGUGACACCACUGCACUGGACAAUAUGCACUCAGGACUCCAGCUUCAAACCACCCCGACCCUGAUAAAUGUGCCUUUUUGAGGUUCCACAAUGCCUUUUUACGCUAGAGUUGCUUAAGCUUAAGUGGCGAGUUUCAAGUGAAUUUAAAGGGAUGUCUUUUUUCCUUAAUGUACAUAUAGAAAAUAGCUUAUUCUACUACUUUUAAACUAACAUCACUUUGUGACUUUGUUCUGUAGAAUCCCAAAUAGUUGUGCCAAACCACUCAAAUGUGCCAAACUAAUAAUUACAAAUACCUCUGUGUGUGUCUUAUAUUGUGAAGUACACUACCAGUCAUAUUAUGGACACACUUUGCUACAAUGCUAAAAAUAAACUGAACUCAUCUAUUACAUACUUCAGUCAGACAACAUAAUAUGGUUCUAAAAUGUAGAAUUGUAGUUGUUUGUAGUUAUACAACCGCAGUGAAGUUGAAGUUAAAAUUAACACUGUGAAAGGACAUCAGUCACAAUUCCCUCCUUUUUCAGUCUAUUGUGUCUGAUUUUAGUCUGAAUGUGUGACGUCAGUACCUGCUGGAAGCCAUUCUCUUUAGUUGGUUGGCUGUUCUAAUGCACUUUGUAUGUAGACAGAAAUGAAUGGUUGGAAAUACCCUUAUUUACCAAUAAAGAGUGAGUUUUAAA